UCCGACAAAUAGUUGAAAAUUAAUACGAUACAAAUAUAGUGCAUAGUGAUUCAAUGGAGCAAGCUGCAGCAGGUUGGUGGAGAAAAGGGCCUUGGACUCCUCAAGAAGACCAGCUGCUCUUUCAGUAUGUCUCUCAGUAUGGUGAAGGCAGAUGGAGCUCUGUCUCUAAGUGCACAGGUUUGAGGAGGAGUGGGAAGAGCUGCAGGCUGAGGUGGGUGAAUUACUUGAGGCCUGGCCUUAAAAAGGGACACUUAACACCACAGGAAGAAGGGAUUAUUAUUGAACUUCAUGCCCUAUGGGGAAACAAAUGGUCUACUAUAGCAAGAUACUUACCUGGACGAACGGACAAUGAGAUCAAGAACUACUGGAGGACUCAUUUCAAGACAAGAAACCCAUCGACUGCGAAACAACAGAAGCGCAAAAUUAUCAAGCAACAGCAAAGUGAGCAUAUUCAUGCCAAUAGUAGUGGUAGUGAAUCCUCGACUCACGAGAUGAAAGAUGAAGAGAUGGCGAGCAUCAUCGAUCAGUUAUUGAUGGAGGAAAGUGCAUCGUCGUCUGAUUUCGUGCCAUUGGAUUGUUACUUAUGGGGUGGAUUGUGGAACUUGGAUGCUGAAAAUGAUCAUCUUCCAAAUAUACCGACUCAAAAUUAUCAUCCUUUUGAAGGCGAUGCAGUUGAUUAUUUUCUACUUUAAGGAAACUUAGCUCAAGAAGAGAUGACCAUUUACUUGUUAGUAAUUCAUAGAGUUUCAACUUCCAUUUCAUGUUUACCCAAUUCGAAUUCGGAUUUUGUAACUCUUUAGUUGUGAAUUGAAAUAUAUUUUGAAUAAACGAAAA